AUGACAAUGAAAGUCCGCACUAUUCGCCGUGUCCCCGUACACGAUGCGCAAAUGGUCAAGCUACGGCUAUUGGUCUCAAUUCGACAGGCGCGCAUCCCACAAGCCCAGGAAGCCACAAGUGCACCGUGCACAGAGGGCGAUGUACAUGAUUCGGCCAACGCUGUAGCGGACCUCAGCAGUGCGAUAUUGGGCCUGCAAGUCUCCAAGGCCUGGGCACCGUCCACCGAGCAUAACGAAGAAGCGCAGAACAAGCGUAACUACCCAUUCAAUUCACCUCUUCAGGCUCUUGCUAACUCCACUCCAGGCAUGGCAUACCCGAUGGACCUUUCAAGGAACGAGAACGAGCUCGACGACGACAAAUUCACUCCAUACGUUGAGGGUACCAAGAUCCACGAACACGUUCUCGACGACGGAACAUUCAUGUACAUCGACUCUAAGACCGGCAAGCAGGUCAAGGACCAACACGGCACCCCUCUGGAUCUUCCCAAGCAGGCCACUGGAGCCGGUGACGAGACUGUCGCUGAUGGAGGCGAUGAAGAAGGCGAGAAGGAUGGCAAUGGAGACGACACGCGGGACGUAGACAACGAAGACGCGCCCUCAGGAUCAGAGACAGCCGGUACUAUGGGCCCUGUCUUGAACGCCAAGCCCCCUGCAACGAACGCAAAGAAGCCGGAGUUCUUGACGAUGGGAUUCUGCAUCGAUUGCAGCGGCGUGACUCCUACUGAUGAGCUCUUUACCCACUAUAGGGCGGACAUCUCCAAGGACGUCGUGCAAUGCAUGGACUGUCAGAAGGCAGAAGACGAGCGCACCAACACUGCCAUCUGCCGUAAAUGUCUAUACCGGUGGUAUCCACAGUACUUCGUUGAUCCGUCGCGACCAGGCCAUUGCAACCUGUGCACCGGGCAUAUGCUUUUGUAG